AAGUGAAGAAUCGACAAAAAAAAUCUUGGUUGAUACACUAUACAUAAACGACAAAAUGGUUAAUAAGUUUAAAGUGAUAACGCUCGACAUAGUAUCAGUUGUGUUGACGAUCGUUGCGUUCAUUUUUCAAAACGUUGGGUUCUUUGCUGGUGCCUGGUGGAAGAAUGAGAAUGAAGUGGGUACCAGUGAGUAUGGAAUGACGGAAUUGAGGAUUUGUCAAAUCUGGUGCGUCGAUAGAAGCGUCCUUGACAUUGACGGAGGAAGAGAAUGGAUAUUUGCAGUCAGGGUGUUUGAAGUCUUCGGUGAAAUAUUUGUGUGGCUGGCGCUGGUACUGGCUAUCCUUACGGUUACCGUGAGACGGAGACCGAUACAUACGGCUCUCAUUUACAUACACGGUGCUGCAGCUGUCUUUAUUGCCGUCGGUGUGUUUAUAUUCCUUGGAUUUCAAUCAAAACUGAACGAGGGUUUAGAUGGAACAGGUUCCGUAAAAUAUCCGUUUUCGCUGUCUUUACUUGGUGGGAUCACGUGCAUGGUUACUUCCGUCAUUUCCGGGUUUGGACUAAAGAAACAUCUACUAGAAUGGGAUGACGACGAUGACGACGAAUGAAUGAAUGAAACAAAAAUGUUGCAUCGAGAACCCGCUGUUACUGCAAAUAGCGAAAGUUUAGGAAA